UCAUAUUUGUCAUUUGGUACUUUCGAGUUUAUUUAUGCUUGUAUAUAAAAGUGAUACAAAAUAGAUAUUAGAUUACUCUGUAAAAAAAUUGUAUUCAUUUUUGUAAUUUUACAAAUGUUGCAUUAAAUUUUAUAUAUUUUCCCCAAACUAGCUGCUAAUUUUUAAAAUGUCUGAAAAAGAUAAGUCGAAAGCAAACAAUCAAACAAAACACAUACCAAAAGAUGCCCAAGUGAUUAUGUCUAUCAUGAAAGAAGUCGGUAUUACAGACUACGAACCACGAGUGGUAAAUCAGCUUCUAGAAUUCACCUACAGAUAUGUAACUUCGGUGUUGGAUGACGCGCGCGUUUUUGCCAAUCACGCUAAGAAAAAGACUAUAGACCUGGAUGAUGUUAGGCUUGCUGUGCAGAUGCAGUUGGAUAAGUCAUUCACGAGCCCGCCGCCGAGGGAAGUGUUGCUGGAACUUGCUAGAGUUAAGAAUGUUAAUCCACUCCCUUUGAUCAAACCACAUUGUGGGUUAAGACUGCCUCCUGACCGUUACUGUCUCUCAGCCUGCAAUUACCGUCUGAAAUCAGUGACUAAGAAAGCAGCUGCCAAACCACCAGUCCCCACCACUCCUACAAUUAAAACUGUCACAGCACCCAAAUCCUCUCAGAAUGUUGUUGUGAAGAGACCCCAAGGUGCUAUUGUUAAUGUCAGUACUAAGACCAAUGCUCCAAAACCUGUCCUUAAAUUUACUUCAGGCAGUAAGGUUGUGGCCAAGCCAGCAGUGCGUGUGACAGCUGGACCUCCGCAGCAGAAUCCGGUAAAAAUGGAAAUAGAUGAAAUAUCACAGAAGAGAAAGAGAGAAGAUGAUGACUAUGAUAUGUAGAUUUAUUUAGUUUAAGAGCAAUUACAGUACUUUUAUUCAUA